GUAUAUAGCUCUGAACGAACUGUGUAGAUGUGGGAGGAUUUUGAGAAAAGAGAGAAAAUGGGGUGGAAAAAAAAUCUACCCCCCCUGUUCAAAUAAAGGCAGCAGCAUCUGACAGCGCCUGUAGCACUGGCUCGGGUAGAACUCCACAUGCAUGGACGGCGCUGGAUGCUGAAUUAGGUUGCAGUGCUAGACGUUGGCGGUGUUUAACUGCUCCGGCGACCAUGGCUCCAUGCAUCCCCCCCCCUCUUUUUGUGUCCUCCUACUUCAGAGCCUUCACCAAAGCGUCUGCUCUCAUUUUUUUAGUUUAAACGGCGGGACAUCGACAGCGUUAUCCUGGAAAUGGGGGGAUUAUCGCUAUAAUAUGACUCCAGUCCCGUCUAGCGUUGCGGAGAGAUCGGAGAGGGGAUUGCAUCUGCAGCCGAAAUUCAGUUUCGAAGCGCUGAGGGGAAACGGGGCGACCCGAAGGUGGAUGGAGCAGAGCGGAGGAGCGAGUCGCUGAUGCGGGGAUAAGGCGGAUUCACUGGGUGCUGAUUGUAAUAUUUUAUCUGAGGACCGACAGACAACAGGGGGGCAAAUUGGCAGGGCAAGUAAAGGUCUGUUAAAAUGCGACAAAGUGGGACCUUCACGGUUUGUCUGAAACUUUGGCAACCCCUUCAAUAGGUUCUCUCUCUCUCUCUCUCUCUCUCUCUCUCUCUGCUUUUUUUUGUUGAUGAUGGCAAUAUUUUCCCAAUGGAUUUCUUUUGUAACUAUACUAUUGUGAUCUGCAAUACAAUGUUACAUGUAGCGUAGACACCAAACAUAUGCAUUAGCAGACAAAGUGUGAACGAUGGCCGUGACACCGGAGUCAGACGGCAGCCGGGCUGCUCAGAGAGGUGCGACUGGGAAAAGCCCCCGCAGCCUGGAUCGCAAUGGUUACGUGAAAGCAUGUGUCACCCCCCUGUCCCAGGACCCCAAGUGCGCGGCGUGGCUGAGGCUGCGUCUGAGCGAAAUCCGGAGUUUGCACGGUCUCUCCUCGGCGCUGUGCGUGGGGUCGCUUUCGCUUUUCCUCGCCCUGGUGGAUAAAUUAGCGGACGCGGAGACUGAGCGCAUCCACGGCGGACCGUCCGGAUCCGCGCUGCGUUCCGCGUCGGGCUGCGCGGGGGAGCUGCUUCUAACUUGGUGGCAUUUGGUUUCCGCCGUCUUCACCCUCGUAUGUGCCUUCUUCUGGGUCGGCUUGUACCUGAUCCGCUCCGGGCUCGCUGUCAGGACUGCCCUUUUGCUUUUGACAGUGUGUCACUUGGGCGAAGCGGCGGCGCAGUCUCUCCUGCGCUGGGCGGAUGGUCUCUUCCUCUCCUCCGCGGCGGUGCUCGCUUGCCUGGCAAGCGGGGCACUCAUGGUGCUGAGACUAAAGCAGGGGGUAUCCGUAAUCGUUCUCAUCAACGUCGCCCGGACCAUUUCGGUAGUUUCCCUGAACAAAGUUCGGGCCAGCUGGAGGCCUUACUUGGCGUAUCUGAUCGGAGUGCUGGGCAUCCUGCUGGCGAGGUAUGCGGACAGGCUCCUGCCGGACCAAGGCUUACCCGGGGAGGGCUGCGCUUCCGUGACCAAAGCGAAGGAAGAGAUCCCGGUAUUUAAGAGACGAAGGAGGUCUAGCUCCGUGAUAUCCUCAGACAUGGCACACAAUCAGUCCAACAGCAAGUCACACAGGAGGACGUCGCUGCCAUGCAUCCAGCGGGAGCAGUUGUCAGGCACCAGCGUGACGGUGGACAUCGCGGUGAUGGGCGAGGCCCACGGGCUCAUCACGGACCUGCUGGCGGACCCCUCGCUGCCGCCGCACACCUGCAGCUCCCUGCGCGCCGUCAGCAACCUGCUGAGCACCCAGCUCACCUUCCAGCCCCUCCACCGGCCCCGUGUCACCGCUCAGGGCUCCUUCGGCGACACCUCCGGCUGCUCCGACUCCGAGGACGGGCUGGAACGUGGCGAGAGGCUGGCGCUGCCCAAGCGUCUGCGCCGGAGCCUACCUCCUGGGCUGCUCAGAAGGAUUUCAUCCACCUGGACCACAACCACCUCAGCCACAGGCCUCCCCACCAUCGAGCCCGGACCUGUGUGCCGCGAUCGCAGCGCCAGCAUCAAGCCUGUUCAUGAACUCCCCAUCUGCAGCUGUGGAAAGCCUUACAAUAAACUAAGCCAUGGUGGGGGUUCGCUGGACAGAGCGGACCGGACUUGCCGCACAGACGAUGGCAUGGCGCCGUCACCGGAUGGCGAGAGCACACAAGAGGCCCCCCACAGCGGCGGCGACGGUGACGAGCCGCAGGGGGAGGCGCGGCACCGCGAGCUCUGCAGGACGCACCGCCCCGACAGACUCCUGCUGGACCCCCUCGCGGCCCCAGAGGACAAACCCAUCCUGGCCCCCGAGCCCCUGGUGAUGGACGGGCUGGAUCCCCUCAUGGCUCAGCUGAACAACUGGAACUUCCCCAUCUUCAGCCUGGUGGAGAAAACCAACGGCACAUGCGGCUGCAUCCUCAGCCAGGUUUCUUGCAGACUCUUUGAAGACAUGGGCCUCUUUGAAACCUUCAGGAUCCCCGUGCGGGAAUUCAUGAACUACUUCCACGCAUUGGAGAGUGGGUACAGAGACAUCCCAUAUCACAACAGAAUCCACGCCACGGAUGUGCUACACGCCGUCUGGUACCUCACCACGCAGGCCGUGCCAGGCCUCCCCAGCCUCAUUGGCGACCACGGCUCUGCCAGCGACUCUGACUCAGACAGCGGCAUCACCCACAGCCGCGUGGGCUUCACGGUCUCCAAGACAUACGCGGCGUUGGAGGACGACUACGGCUGCCUGUCGGGCCUCAUCCCGGCCCUGGAGCUCAUGGCGCUGUACGUGGCGGCCGCCAUGCACGACUACGACCACCCCGGCAGGACUAACGCCUUCCUGGUGGCCACCAGCGCCCCCCAGGCAGUUCUGUACAACGACCGCUCGGUGCUGGAGAACCACCACGCGGCCUCAGCCUGGAGCCUCUUCAUGUCACGGCCCGAGUACAACUUCCUGGUCAAUCUGGACCAUGUGGAGUUCAAGCGCUUUCGCUUCCUGGUCAUCGAGGCCAUCCUCGCCACCGACCUGAAGAAGCACUUUGACUUCCUGGCUGAGUUCAACGCUAAGGUGGGCGAUGACGUGGGCCCCGGCAUCGACUGGGGCAAUGAGAACGACCGGCUGCUGGUCUGCCAGAUGUGCAUCAAGCUAGCCGACAUCAAUGGGCCACUCAAGAGCAAGGAGCUUCACCUGAAGUGGACAGAGGGCAUCGUCAAUGAGUUCUAUGAGCAGGGGGACGAGGAGGCCAGCCUGGGCCUUCCCAUCAGCCCCUUCAUGGACCGCUCGGCGCCCCAGCUGGCCAAGCUGCAGGAGUCCUUCAUCACCCACAUCGUGGGGCCCCUGUGCAGCUCAUACGACUCGGCUGCCCUCAUGCCCGGGCACUGGGUGGAGCCUGUGGAGGAGGCGGGGCAGGAGGGCAACGUCGAGGGAGUCGACAACGACGAGGAAGGCAGCGACGUCACCGAGGAGGACGUGUCCACCAGCUCGGAAACGUCUCCGAUGCCGGAAACUCCGAGGGAAAGGCUGGACGUGGAGAAGGAGUUCCGAGAGCAGGAUCGCAAAGGUGGUACCCAGAUCAGUGCAAGGCAGAGGGGUGUGGAUCCCACCCCAUGA